CGCCGCCGCCCCCCCUCCCUCCCCGAGUUGAAAAUGGAGUUCGAUUAAAGCAGAUGUCCACCAACUUCUCGAGGAGAUUUCAAGUCCACAACGUAUUUACUUCGCGCACCAGAAUCCACGCUGAAAACAUCCGAACCCUUUCCGCCUGCGGCUCCUGGAUGCCUUUACCGCGGAUGACUCGGACACGUUGACGGAGCGGCGGCGGCUCCGCGGCGCUUUUUCAAGUGUCGUCCUGGACCCCCGAAGUUGGCGAAUGGAUGCUCGACAGCCAGCCACGAAUAACCUGCCAAACCGUACAGUCCGCCACCGUUUCUACCGUCUCUGAGGAUCUAUUCACCUUUUUCGCAAAGCGGGAACGUGUUUUUUCUUUUUUUUUUCUUCUUCUUUUCUUUUUUUUGUGGUGGUGUUUGUUUGUUUGGGGGGGACGAUGAUGCCGACGGCCCAUUUGUUGUGGUCGGAUUUUACUUCCAGGGAGGAUAAAAUGAACCAACGGCUGUCAUUCCUCCUCGCGAUUUAACGUUACUCGCAGGCAGCGGGGCUAACGUUAAGCUAGCUCCCCCGCUCGGUGCUCCGCUCGGACGCUUCGCUCGGGCUUCUGCCCCCCCGCCGCAACAUCGUCUGCCCACUAUCCGGACUAGCGGCAAUUUCUACAUGUGAAGGGGGGGAAAAAUGGUGACAUUUGUGGUAUUUUAUCCCGCCGUCGCCGCGUCGUCGAUGCUAUUGCUAGGAUUUGGAUCCCCGUGAGGAAAAAAAUGAGUGAAGAUUCAACAAAUCCAAACAAUGAUGACAGUUAUGCGCGUGUGAGAGCAGUGGUCAUGACUCGGGAUGACUCCAGCGGUGGGUGGCUUCCCCUGGGGGGCGGAGGCCUAAGCUGUGUCACCGUCUAUAAGGUCAGCCGGGCGGAGGACAGCGGCAGCAUCCACAGCGGAGGCAGUGGAGGAAGCGGCAGCAACCUCAGCCCCUGCAGCUCCAGUCCCGGCUCCAGCCCCAGUCCCAGCCCCAGCCCCACCGCCGUGGAGUUUCACAUCAAGGGCGAGAGGCUCAGAGACAAAUUGGUGGUCCUGGAGUGUGUCCUGCAGAAGAGCCUAGAAUACAACAAGGUGAACCCCAUCUUCCACCACUGGAGGAUCAACGACAAGAAGUUCGGACUGACUUUCCAGAGCCCUGCUGACGGCCGUGCCUUUGACCGGGGCGUACGUCGAGCAAUCGAGGACAUCCAACAAGGUUGUCGGCCAUUUGGGGAAGGAGAUAUUCCGGAGGAGGGACUAACGGUGUGCGACGAGCCUCCCUCUAUCUGCACCCCCAUGAAGGAGCCCUUCUCCCAGCUCAACAACAUCGUCUCCACCGAGCCGUUCAGGGGCUGCUACGUCCGCGCACAACCCUUCGACGAGUUCACUUCCAGCAACCGACGCUACCUGCCUCCACAGGUCUUGAAGCCUAAUCGCCGCGUCACUUUCGACAUGGACGAAGAAGAGAUUGUUCGCAUCAACCCUCGCAAAGACGUGCUCAUCCGCGGCUACGAGGACUACCGCCACCCUGUCAUGUGGAAGCCGGAGGCCGACCGCGAGGACCUGGACUUCCCCAACGCCUUCCACAAACUGGACAGUAAGAAGUGCGAGUACCUCUUCCCCGACGGCCCCUGCGGGGACUCCCACUCCGUCCCCGGGAUGGGCAUUGGAACCGGCAUGGGGCUGGGUCUGGGCAAGGACACCGCCAUCAAAACUCAGCCCUCGCCCCUGAUCAAGUCCAAGAAGGGCCGGCGGCGGCGGGAGGACGGCGAGCGCUCGCGCUGCAUCUACUGCCGGGAGAUGUUCAACCACGAGGACAACUGGCGGGGGCAGUGCCAGGACGCCCCCGACCCCAUCAAGCAGUGCAUCUACAAAGUCAGCUGCAUGCUGUGCGCCGAGAGCAUGCUGUACCACUGCAUGUCCGACUCCGAGGGCGACUUCUCGGACCCUUGCUCGUGCGACACGUCCGACGAGCAGUUCUGCCUGCGCUGGCUGGCCCUGGUGGCGCUGUCCUUCAUCGCGCCGUGCAUGUGCUGCUACCUGCCGCUGCGCGCCUGCCACCACUGUGGCGAGGCCUGCCGCUGCUGCGGGGGCAAGCACAAGGCCGCGGGGUGACCUGACGAUGGACCAUGGGACACCCUCAAGGCUAGCUAACACAGGAAGUGGAUAAAAGCGGAAUAUUAAAUGCCGGCAUCCUUUUUUCAUUCCCCUCUCAGACGGGGCGAUAUGUUGUUGAUCCCCAGCUCCGAGGGCUUUUGGAGGUUUCAGUUUGUGUUUGUCGCCGACAAGCAGCAGUGGAGGACAAACCAUAUGCUUUGUGGGGGAUCUGAGCAUCAAGCUACGUUCAGGAGCUUAAUCUGAGGAGAUGAAGAGGAGGCAGACUCAAGAUUAAUAGACUUGGAGAUGUUACUAAACACACCUGUAUACACACACACACACACACACACCUCUCUCACACAUUCACACUCAUGCAUUGACAAAGCCAGGCCACAAAUGUCAGAACUCUACUGCAAGAAGAUGUGUAACUUUAUGAAGGAAAUUAGUCUUUUGUACAGAGAGCGACAACUUAAUGACAAAAAAAGAAAUCAAAACUAUUCUGCGAUAAGAGAAAAUACUUUCUGUCUGAGUAUGCUAAAAGGGAUAUGUUCUUGCUUCUUUUGUGAAUUUGACGUUGGGUAACAGUGGCCUUUCCUUUAUGGCAUAAGCAUUUGAUGACAAUGUAAUUACUAGACAGAGAAAAGUGCACUAGAAAUGGUAUUUCCCCCAAACCCAAGUUAAGGUAGCCCUCUAAAAUUCUUGUGGUACAUCAACCACCAUUUUAACAUUUUAGAAAUGUUCUGUGGUGAACGAAUGGCCAAUUCCGUGAAUUUCUUUUUCAUGGUAUGCUGAAAAAAAUCCAAAAGGUAAUAGUUUGUUUUGGGAAGUUGAGCUUGGCAUAUCUUUUGAUAUUCAUUACGAGGUUAAAAUGAUUACCUUCGCUUUUCCCAGAGGAUUUAGACCAUUUUAUUGCAUUCCAAAGUAAAGGGAUCAAUUCCAUGAUUAGAAGGGAAAAAAUGGUAACGACUUUACCAUGCAGAGUUCCCCAAAAUAGUUUUUUUUUCCAGAUCAUAAAAAUAGCAUUAGAACCUCUUGAACCAUUUAGAUUGAAACUGAUACAUGACAAUUUAAUUUACUCCAGUGAAUUUCACUUUUAGUCCAGUAUUUACUGCUGUGGUGAAAUUGGUGUUUUUUUGUUUCUUAUGUUAUAUUCCUGCUCAUUUUAUAAUUAUUUGUGGAACAAAAGCUGAUAAGUUGCUCAACCAGCAAGUUUUGUUUCGGUGAGUAAAGGGGUUUCAGUGCUCCUUGGUUAAAUGAUGAGGCACUUAAAUUAGGUCAUUCUUUCACUGAGAAUCCUUCAGAUUUUGAGAUGAGUCUGUACAUUAAUUAGUCUAAUGUCAAAUUCAAUUUGGUAUUGGGAAAAUCCUCCUUAAAGCACUGCUCUCCAAGCUUUGGUUGCAGCACCCUCUCCAAAUCUCCAUGUAUCUGUUUUGUUUCACCCCCUCCUGCCCCACCUCCCCCACCCUCCCCCACCUCCCUCCACCCCCUCAUAUUCUGUGUAAACUUAAUUGUCCCUCAAAAGUCAACCGCUUCCAUAAGUCUUUAUUUAACAGGCCCUGAAUGAAUGACAUUGUUUCAGGAAUGCUGAGCAUAUUAGCUAUUAAAAAGAGUGUGUUUGUGUGUGUGUGUGUGUGUGUGUAUGUAUGUGUGGGUGGAUGUGCGUGCACGUGCAUAGGUCUUCAUAUGCACUGUUCCCCCCGCUGACUAUGUGACUAAGGCUUCGACUUGUAACCUCCCGUUUCCCAAAAUAUCAGCUCAGCCCGGGAAUUUUCACUUUUCUUCUUUCUUUCCGAAGGUUAGAUGGGAAGAUCCUUCACGCCUGCAGCUAGCUGGUAGCUUAGCAUAACAACUUGAAACAGUCCCACUCACAGCCCAGGUUUGACAUAUUAUAAAAUGUGGGUGCAGCGUAUUAAAGAGAGAGCUUCAGCAGCUGGCCACGAUGGGUUUGGGGAAGGAUGGAUUGGAUUAUCUUCAGACGGAGCCAAGCUGGGUUCAUGAUUCCAGUCUCUAUGCUAAGCUAAGCAGCUGCUGCUUCUAGUUCCACACGUAUCUGCUGAAUCUUGAAGAGAAGAACCAUUUUCUCACUAAAUCCAAACAACCGCCUCCCGACAGUAACACCAGUUCAGUUUGGCCGUCCAGCUGCAAUAACUGAUGGAAUUACCCCAAACUAAGGCAUUGGCAUGUUUUAAACGAGUGCCCCUUGUGAUUACCCUUAACAGAUUUGCACCUCCUGUCACUCCUGGUUAAAAACACCUCGGCCACGACCAGACUGGAUUGCAGGAGAAACGUUUAUUUUUCCUAUUUCCACCCCGACCAACACUCCCUUUACUUUCUAUGCAAACCUUCUAAAGUGGGAAAGGCGUUGGUCUGUGUGCAGACUGAGUCAGUGGCGGGACAGGACACUUUAACGCUUCAUAGGUAAGGCGACCAACACCCGGUACCAAACUCCAAACAACCUGUAAAUACGUAACACUAUAUUUAAGUUCUGAUAAUAAUCCCAUCUUCUUUUUUUUGUCUUUGAAAUUUUAAAGAUAGAGAUGUAUUUAUCGUUGCUGUCAGCAUAUACUGUAGCUUCAAUUGACAGCAUUAUGUACAUAGGUCACCUUUUAGUAUUAUUUCACAUUGAAAAGUAGAGGGCGUUUGUGAUGGAAACUACUAUUGAGCUUCUAAUAAGAGUUUCUCUCUAGUUUUGUACGGUAGAAGGAAGGACAGUGCGAACACGGUACAGUAGUGGCAGUCCACUUGUUUCAGAAGUUUGAUAUGUGUACGUAAUGCGUACGUACACACAGCUGCACACACGCGCCUGUGUGUAUGUAUACAAGUACGUGUAUACAUGUAUCAAUAUGUACACAGAAAGCUGCUAGAUGCAAUCACUAAUUUUAUUGUGUUGACAGAGAAAAUCAGCUAUGAACGACUGUUAAACCCUAAUCCUCCAACAGCGUAUAACCAUGACAGUGAGUUCUUAGUGUUUGAUUUCUCUGCUUGAUGAAGUGUGUGUGUGUGUGUUCUUUUGUGCCCGAGAGAGAGUGAGUGAGUGUGUGUGUGUGUGUUUCCAGUGUGCGCGUGCGGGGUUGGUGUGUAACCAAAUGUUUGGGUGGUUGUCAUAGUCUCCCAUUGUAAUUGGAUUUGCCGUGCAUUUUUUUUGCAAGCUGAACCAAGGUUUGAUGAACCUGAUUAAAACUUGCUGGCUGAGAAGCAAAAUGUAGGACGUGCAUUUAUACAAAGUGUAGAGAAUGCUGAAAUAACACUUCUCAUUCUGCAUUAACCAGCACAGUGCAACUUCCUGUCAUGUACUGUAUUAUAUAUGCAACAUGUGUCUGUCUGCUUUAAUAUAUAUAUUUUUUUGACCUGCAUUAUAUAAGACUUCAGUUUUAACCACUUUGCUGCUAGUCUUUUAUCCUCUUUCAAUCUUGGAAAUUGUGCAUAUCUUUGGGAAUGCAUACAAGUGUACAUUAUUGACAUUGUGUAGAUUAAAAAAGAAAAAAGCUAUAUAAACAAGUUUUUCUUCAGUGUAUUGUUUUUAAAGGUUACUUUUCACAGCAGUUGAGUGGUUAUGUUUCAAUUCUCCGAUGCUUUGGUGCACUGAUGAUACUAUAUGUAAUUUUUUUUUCAUCUUACAGCGCUUGAUGUAACAUUUAUGUGAUUAGUUCUAAAUAGUGGAAGACAUUUGUGUUUUGAAACUUGCAGUAUAAAUGGUACUACUCUUAACUAUUCUGUAAACACUGCCUGUUUUACUUUCUUUUAUCCUUUCACUCUCAGUGUGCAUAUUUCUCUCCUGUGCAUCGAUUUGUUUCCCUCGAAGUUUCUUAGUGCCAUCGGCUUUCACAUCCUGACAACCUCAAAAAAGUGCCUCACGUCCAUCCUAGUAUCCAUUUUAUAAUUUAACAUCUCUCGUUCUGGUUCUUUUGGUUCCUACACGUCUAGGUAUUUCCUCUCAUGGUUCGAGAAUACCGAGUAUAUAAUUUAUAGUCCCAAUAACUCAUGUCAUAGUUGUAUUUUCUUUAUACAGAUGUAGCUCGUUACUUUUCAUAAAUAUAUAAUGUAAAUAUGCAUACAUAUGUUUGUAACUGUUUUUACGUUACAUCAUACACUUGUAAUUUGACAUAUCAAAUAACAUUAUCAUAAUAAAAUGGUGAGUUUUAAUCUUUU